AUGAGCGAAAGCAAAGGGCUCCUGCAUGAGCAUCCUUCAGACACCGACUCGGAACCCGAACACGAGCGCAAAGCAAGUCCGCGACACCUGUCUCCAUCGCCCUCGUCGUCACGAACCACAUCCGCGUCGCCAGCACCGCCAGGGUCAAGACCAAAUGGCAACUUCAAACGGCAAUCGUCUUUCGCACAGCCCCGGCCCGAUGGCACGCCGAGAACGCCAAACCGGGUGCGCUUUGAGGAACCCAGGAGGAGCAUGAACGGAGACUCCAAUGGCGACUGGCUGGAGAUGGACGGAGAUGACUACAUGGACGGCGAUGAUGGGCGGGAAAGAGUACAGCGACUUCCUCUGCUCACUGGGAUAGAGGCGCCUAGCGUCACUGUCGCAGAACAAUCAUUCAAUCCGGAAGAUCACCUCGAGAGUGCACAGCCACGGAGCGGGAUGCGGAGCGCCUUUAUGAACAUGGCAAACAGCAUAAUAGGCGCUGGAAUCAUCGGUCAACCCUACGCCAUCCGCAAUGCAGGCCUCUUGGCAGGCACCGCCCUCCUGAUCGGCCUUACUGUCGUGGUAGACUGGACCAUACGACUCAUCGUCAUAAACUCCAAGCUCAGCGGUACCGACUCGUUCCAAGCCACGGUUCAGCACUGUUUUGGGAAAUCAGGAUUGAUAGCCAUAUCUCUCGCGCAAUGGGUCUUUGCUUUUGGAGGCAUGGUCGCGUUCUGCGUAGUAGUUGGAGACACGAUACCAAGGGUCUUGGAUUCAAUGUUCCCUUCUUUGGCAGAUAUGUCGUUCCUCUGGCUACUGACCAACAGAAGAGCCAUCAUGAUCCUGCUUAUUCUCGGCAUAUCCUUUCCACUGUCGCUUUACCGGGAUAUAUCAAAGCUUGCCAAAGCUAGCGGUCUGGCACUAGUUAGCAUGACCAUCAUCAUCGUGACCGUAGUCACGCAAGCCUUCCGCGUACCUGCCGAGUCCAAGGGUCAACUUCGUGGCUCCCUCAUCAUUCGAUCCGGUAUCUUCGAGGCGAUCGGUGUGAUAGCCUUCGCCUUCGUCUGCCACCACAACAGCCUCCUUAUAUACGGCUCGCUGCGGAAGCCCACCAUCGAUCGAUUUACACGCGUCACACACUACAGCACCAGCAUAUCCCUGGUCGCAUGUCUUGUCAUGGCUUUGUCAGGCUACCUGACGUUCGGUGACAAGACCCUCGGCAACGUGCUCAACAACUUUCCCAAUGAUAAUCUCAUGGUCAACAUUGCGCGGUUGUGUUUCGGCCUCAACAUGCUUACGACCCUUCCACUUGAAGCCUUCGUGUGCCGAGAAGUCAUGAACAACUACUGGUUCCCCGAGGAACCCUACCAUCCGAACCGCCAUCUCAUCUUCACUACUUCACUCGUCGUCUCUGCCCUCACCCUCUCACUCCUCACCUGCGAUCUGGGCGUUGUAUUUGAGUUAUUCGGCGCAACAUCUGCAUGUGCACUGGCGUUCAUUUUGCCGCCUCUAUGCUACAUGAAGCUUAGUCAGAGAAGCUCCAAGACGUACUUGGCGGGGGCUGUUGCUGCAUUUGGAUGUACCGUAAUGGUCAUUAGCAUUAUAAAGACCACGAGCAAAACAAUGAUGGGCAACAGCGAAGGUGCUAAAUGUGGUUGA